GCUGUUCUGACGUCGAGCACGCUAUUUGACGUCACCGUGGGAGUGUCCCACCAUCGGAGAAAUGAACGGUCAUCAACACAAUCCUCUCAGCGCCCAUCAUGUGAUUUUUCUAAAUGUCCAUGGAAACAGCUGACUAAAGUUUGACAGCUGCCCCACCACAUUUGGAAGAUUUGCUGGGAAGAAGUGCUGCUGGAAAUUUGCUUGGCUUAUUAGAUCUUUUCCUGUGUUAGUAGACCCCACCCCUCAUCUGCUGAUGAACACAACUGAAGCUAAUUCUGAGCUGUGAGUCAGACGAGGAGAGGCUGGGCUGAUGAAAAGCAUGACUUUGAGUCCAGCCACAGAUGCAUGUCCACUCAAAAGGCCCAACUGAGCGCCAUCCCCUCUGCUUCGCGGCUUUCAACCAGCCUCUCAGAGGGGGGGUGUCGACGGGGCGUAGCUAGUCUCCCCUGCACAUCGAGUAGAACCUCACUGUGAAACUGGAGGUCUCAGAUGGAUCAGGGUAGUAGUGAGCAGAGUCCAGAGGAGCCGGACACAGGAGGCCGAGCAGAGCUGGAAGUCGGCAGGAGGGCGUCUGAGUCAGAGCACGGUUUGUCCAAAAUCACCCAUAAUGCCCUGGAGAACAUGGGAGCGUUGGGCCAUGGUCUGAAGCAGUUCUUCCAGCCACAGCGCCGACGCUCCUCCGUUUCCCCACAUGACUCUGCCUCGUCCUGCACAGGCGCCCCUCCCUCCGAACCCACUGAUGUAGGGUCGGAAGUAGGGGAAGCUCCUGCCUCCUCGGCCACCCCUUUGGAUUCUGACAACCCUGCUGCUUCCGCCCCUCCUGCAGCUCUGAGCCGUGUUCUGCAGCAGAUCCGUGGUGCUCCACCAAUGAUGAAGCGAGGCACCAGCCUGCAGAGCCGCCGCAGCAAGACGGGCAGUGGGGACCCUCCCCAGAAAGGGAGCCCCCAGAUCCACCGGCGCAGCACCCAUGAAGUCUUGCUGCAGGCUGGACGCCCGCGCUCCUCCUCAACCACAGAUACACCCAGCAGCCCUGCUCUAGCAGAUAUGCUGCUGACCUCUGGCUACCACUCCACUGAGGAGCCAGACAAGUCGGAUCGUUAUGACGGAUCAGGCCCUGCUGUGUCACCCAACGCCCUCUCCUAUGGUGCAGAUGGGUACGAUGUAGUUGACAGCACCCCAGACCCCCAGCGCACUAAGCAGGCCAUCGCUCAACUCCAGCAGAAGAUCCUCAAGCUCACAGAACAAAUCAAGAUCGAACAAACCGCACGUGACGACAAUGUGGCUGAGUACCUAAAACUGGCUAAUAAUGCAGACAAACAGCAGAGCGCACGUAUCAAACAAGUGUUUGAAAAGAAGAACCAAAAGUCAGCUCUCACUAUCCAACAACUGCAGAAGAAGUUAGAACACUACCACCGGAAGCUUCGAGAGGUGGAACACAACGGCAUCCCUCGUCAGCCCAAAGAUGUUUUCCGAGACAUGCACCAGGGCCUGAAAGGUGUUGGAGCCAAGAUCAGUACACAGUAUAUUCAGGUGACAGGUGGCCUUUCCAGUUUCUCUCAAGCCACUCACUCUGCUGCUGGAGCUGUGGUGUCCAAGCCCAGAGAGAUCGCCUCCCUCAUCCGUAACAAGUUCGGCAGCGCUGAUAACAUUGCAGCCUUGAAUAACUCUCUGGAUGAAACCCAGGGGGAUGAGGGUGUUGGUCCUGGGGCAACAAGGGCCCUUGGGACAGGGCAGCUGCAGUCCAGCCCAAAGUACGGCAGUGAUGAUGACUGUUCUAGUGCAACAUCUGGCUCUGCAGGAGCUAACAGCACUACCGGAGCUCCUGGAGGACCUCCAAGCUCUAAGGGCAACACCCUUGAACAUGGCCAGGCAUCAGGCUUUGACGCUGUACUCCACGAGAUCCAAGAGCUGCGGGACAACCAAGGUCGACUUGAGGAGUCCUUUGAAAACUUGAAAGCCCAUUAUCAGCGGGACUACACUAUGAUCAUGGAGGCACUACAAGAGGAACGAUACAGAUGUGAACGUUUAGAAGAACAACUGAAUGACUUGACAGAACUGCACCAGAAUGAAAUUCUGAACUUGAAACAGGAACUAGCCAGCAUGGAGGAGAAGAUUGCAUACCAGUCUUAUGAAAGAGCACGGGACAUACAGGAAGCGCUGGAGGCAUGUCAAACACGCAUCUCCAAGAUGGAGCUGCAGCAGCAGCAACAGCAGGUGGUACAGCUUGAGGGUCUGGAGAACGCCACGGCACGAACUCUUCUUGGAAAACUAAUCAAUGUGCUGCUAGCUGUCAUGGCUGUCCUUCUGGUAUUUGUGUCCACGGUGGCUAAUUGUGUUGUCCCGUUAAUGAAAACGCGCAGCCGCACACUUUCUACGCUGCUCCUUGUAAUUAUCCUUGCCUUUUUUUGGAGGCACUGGGAUGCUAUUUCAGAGUAUCUACAUCGCUUUCUCCAGGACCCCAGAUGACCGGUUUGAAAAGGCCUAGUUAUGUGAUGAAGGUACAGGGGGUUCGGGGGCUGAUGUGUAAAAGGUGGACAUUAACCCAUACAGGGAGUUAAAUCUCAAUAGUCCUACCUUUUCCUCUUUUUUUAAGUCGCUUCUCAAAACACUCAGGAUUGCAUCAGAGGUUUGCUGUCACUUUAUCACCUUUUGAAGUGUGUUUUGAGAAGAAUAAGAGGAGAAUGAAGGGAGAGAAGGUUGGAUGUUUGAUAUUGACUUGCUGUCUUUGGUGCAUUUGAGGUACGAGCACGAGCGUAACUGGGUUGAAGGAGGGGCUGAGAGAACUGCACACUUGAUUUCUCUCUUCUGAGUGAAUUUGUUUACAUGUGGAAAACUUUGCAUUGUUUCCCCACAGACAAAGCUGUAAGUUUUAUUAGUUUCUGGUUAAUUCAAGUGAUACUGUUUUGAAGUCAUUGUUUUUAAAUACAGAUUAUAGGUGGCUUUUAUUUCCUUUUGACUGUAAUGAGCUGACAGUGUUCUGCUAAAUUAGCUGUCCACUUUCUUCUCCUGCUGUUCUGUAAGUUCUCUCGCUUCUAAUCUUGCCAUCCUGGUUUUCCAUCAAUCUUCUCUUUCUUUCCCCUUUUACUCAACCUUUUUAAAUGUCAGCUUGUGUGACCAACUCUUCCUCCUCUCACUCACUACACUCUGAAGAACGGGGUACUUGCACAUCUGCUACUUAGCUCUGGAAUCAGACUUGCCACUGGAUCAAGGAAUGAUAGGCUGUUGACUCGUUUCCUUUGGAUGUGUGAAGUCAGUAACACUGGUUCUGCCACAACCAGGACAUUACUAUCAAGAACAGUUCAUUUGGAGUUGCGACCCUGCCCACUGGGCCAACCGGAUCCUGUUAUCCUGGUGGCUUUUCCCACUGCAGAAGAAUAAUCUAUGAACUGAAAUAACAUACUUGAAGAGCAGUUAAAAUGCUCAAAGACUCAGUGCUUCCGUACUGUUUCUAUUAGUGACAAUGAAAUAGUAACUUUUUAGUUGAUUUUUUUAUUUUUUAAAAACAAAUAAAUUUGCUGUUUAAAAGGUGAAA